AUGAUAAACAUUUCCAUCGAUACGGAGAGGUCCUCCAAGCUGAGAUGUGUCCGCGAGAUCCAAAACUUGUGCGGCUGGGAGUUGAAGUACAAUGAGCUCAAUCCCUCGUUCCUGUACCGGACCUUUUGGACCUGGGAACCUAAGUACACGAAAGGGUUCGAGGCCUUGACCGUCGUUCUUGACAGCACGAAACUCCUUCAAGAUCGAAUUAGUGGCGACGAAGCGACACGAAAAAAGCAUUAUGAGGGGAUUGACGAACACCUCAAGAUCGACUCAGCCGCCCGUGUGGCCGUAGAGACUUGUUCCAGCGAGACUAUACAGGUCAAUCGACGUAACGCUGCUUGCCGCAAGUUCGUUAAGUACGUCAAUGAGACCAUCGAAAUGACCACGGACGACAUGCUGGUGCUCCAUCCGUACAUAAUCACUCAUGUUUCCGCCAAAGCGAAGAAAGAUUUCACCCCCACAAUCACGACCGUGGUUCGGACUGAGGAGAUCGUUGUCAAUAACCGCCUUCCGCCUACUCCGGCUUCUAUUGAAUGCGGAUCUAAUGAUGCAGACUCUCAAUCCCGGCUUACGGGCGAGCGCUUCCGGACAGAAGACCUCGAGGAAAGCUGUCGUAAACUCUACCAAGACCCGAUGGAAAAGAUCAAAGACAUCGGUUUCUGCCUCAGAUGUCUCUUCGACUCCACCACAACCCUAGCCAAUGACCCCAGUUGGGCUCGGGAGAAGGAGGAUGCGGAGAAUGUCGAAGUAUUUGACUUUGCAUUCAUAAGUAAGGCUGAGAGACCUUUAGCAAUAACAGACUCGUCGGAACCGUCGGACUCUUCGGACUCUGCAUCAUCUAGAGAACUUGGAGCAUCUUCGGAGACACCUUUGUAA